AUGCUGAAGGUGUACGCCCUCUACAAGCAGGCCACUGUGGGGGACGUCAACACACCUCGGCCGGGAAUGUUGGACUUCAAAGGAAAAGCCAAGUGGGAUGCCUGGGAGAGCAAAAAAGGGAUCAGCCAGGAGGACGCCCGGGCGCAGUACAUCCAGCUGGUGAAAGAGCUGAAGGGGAAAUACGGUUGCUGA